CUUCGACGCCCUCUUGCGUCACGGAGUGGAAAGACAACAGCGCAUGUUCGGACAAGCAAUACAUUCACAUCCAAACGGUCUUAAACACACCUUUUAUUCCUAGAAUGUAAAUAAAUAUAUGUAUUACACUGUAUAAGUAAUGUCUACAUACACCCCUCAGACACCUAAAUAAUUUAGAAACAGAAUAAAGGUAUAAAUAUUUCAGUACAAAGUCAUUAGAUACCAGGUAGGCUACCUGAGCCACAUGAAACAUCCAGGACAGAGGAUGAUUUAGAAAGCUAAACUAUUUUAAGUUGGAUUUGUUUGCUUUAAAAGAAAUAUAGUCGAUCAAUUACUGAAAAUGACACUAGUUCAGGUGUUUGAGACAAUUUGGGAGACCUUCCAGUCAAAAGACUCAGCUUUGCAGCCUGUGUGGGACUAUGUGCGACUCAACCACUCUGAAACUCUUCGGUCUCCUCUCUUUCCUGUGAUUCUGACCGUAGCGUCGUAUUUUGUUCUUUGCCUACCCUACCUAGUCUGCGACAUCAAUGGAAAGAAGUGGCCAGCUAUUAACCGGUACAAGAUCCAGCCCGGCAAGAUGCCCACAACUGCAAUGCUCCUUCACUGCAGUGGAGUUACUCUUUAUAAUCACGCACUUCUGGUGUUUCCUGCUGCAGUAGCGCAGUGGAUGUGGAGACCUCCUGUCCCCCUUCCUGAACGAGCACCUACAUUGCUUGAACUUGCAGGUGGGGUGACUGGAAACCUUCUUCUUUUUGACUUUCAGUAUUUUAUCUGGCACUUUUUGCAUCAUAAGAUCCGCUGGCUGUAUGUGACUUUCCAUGCUAUCCACCAUAAUUACUCCGCCCCAUUUGCUCUGGCAACACAGUGCCUUGGUGGAUGGGAGUUGGUGACGGUGGGCUUCUGGACCACGCUCAACCCCAUUCUGCUGAGGUGUCAUCUGCUCACCACCUGGAUGUUCAUGGUGGUCCACGUCUAUGUAUCGGUGGAAGACCACUGCGGAUAUGAUUUCCCUUGGUCCAUGUCUCGUCUGAUCCCAUUUGGUGUUUAUGGAGGUCCGAGCAAGCAUGAUGUGCACCAUCAGAAACCUAAUACUAACUUUGCACCCCAUUUUAGUCACUGGGAUAAACUGUUCGGCACUCAUGCUGAUUUUAGUUUUGCUAAAGCUCAGUGAUGAGCAUGCAUGUGUGUAAAUAUUACAUUUGCAUGUUUGGUUG